GAUACUGAUCUCUCACUUGGUUACAUUGUAGCGCUGGCUCCACGUUCUGGAUCUGCUGCUGCUGCUAGGGGAUCCACAGAACCACCACAAAGUCCUCAAAUCGGAGACCAGAAGGCAAGCAGGGGACAGGGAUGGAUCAUCAUUACGACGGGCAGCACAACGAUUAUAUGCAACCAGAGGAGGAUUGGGAUAGGGACCUCCUGCUGGAUCCAGCCUGGGAGAAACAGCAGAGAAAGACCUUCACAGCGUGGUGUAACUCACAUCUCCGUAAAGCCGGUACACAGAUCGAGAAUAUAGACGAAGAUUUCAGAGAUGGCCUUAAACUCAUGUUACUGCUUGAAGUCAUUUCAGGUGAGCGUUUACCCAAACCAGAGCGAGGCAAGAUGCGUGUACAUAAAAUCUCCAAUGUCAACAAAGCCCUGGACUUUAUUGCCAGUAAAGGGGUGAAGUUGGUGUCUAUUGGUGCAGAAGAAAUUGUAGACGGAAAUGCUAAAAUGACGCUGGGAAUGAUUUGGACGAUUAUCCUCCGGUUUGCUAUCCAAGACAUUUCUGUUGAAGAAACGUCGGCCAAAGAAGGUUUGCUGUUAUGGUGUCAGAGGAAAACUGCGCCAUACAAGAAUGUAAAUAUCCAAAACUUCCACAUCAGCUGGAAAGAUGGUCUUGGCUUCUGCGCACUCAUUCAUAGACAUCGGCCAGAACUCAUAGACUACGGCAAGUUACGGAAGGAUGAUCCCCUGACAAAUCUGAACACGGCUUUCGAUGUAGCAGAGCGGUUCCUUGACAUUCCCAAGAUGUUGGAUGCUGAAGACAUUGUUGGAACUGCACGUCCAGAUGAGAAGGCCAUCAUGACCUAUGUUUCUAGCUUCUACCACGCAUUUUCAGGAGCCCAGAAGGCCGAGACCGCAGCCAAUCGGAUCUGCAAAGUGCUCGCCGUGAAUCAAGAGAAUGAGCAACUCAUGGAAGACUAUGAAAAAUUGGCUAGCGAUCUUCUCGAGUGGAUUCGUCGCACCAUCCCGUGGCUGGAGAAUCGAGCUCCAGAGAAUACCAUGCAGGCCAUGCAGCAAAAGUUGGAGGAUUUCAGAGAUUACCGGCGCCAACACAAGCCCCCGAAGGUCCAAGAGAAGUGUCAACUAGAAAUUAACUUCAACACUCUCCAAACCAAGCUGCGGCUCAGCAACCGGCCAGCGUUCAUGCCUUCGGAAGGAAAGAUGGUGUCGGAUAUAAACAAAGCGUGGGGGGGCCUGGAGCAUGCAGAGAAAGGCUAUGAAGAGUGGAUGUUGAAUGAAAUUCGCCGGUUGGAAAGACUCGACCAUCUUGCCGAGAAGUUCCGUCAAAAGGCUUCUAUUCACGAAGCUUGGACUGAGGGAAAAGAAAACAUGCUUCAGAAGAAGGACUAUGAAACAGCUAGUCUCUCGGAAAUCAAAGCUCUCCUGAAGAAACAUGAAGCUUUUGAAAGUGACCUAGCUGCACAUCAAGAUCGAGUGGAACAGAUUGCAGCCAUAGCCCAGGAGCUAAAUGAACUAAAUUACUAUGACUCUCCGAGCGUCAAUGCCAGGUGCCAACGAAUCUGUGAUCAGUGGGAUAACCUAGGGGCUCUAACCCAGAAGCGCAGAGAGGCAUUGGAGAGAACAGAAAAGUUGCUUGAAACUAUUGAUCAGCUCUAUCUAGAGUACGCCAAGAGAGCCGCUCCUUUCAACAACUGGAUGGAAGGAGCCAUGGAAGAUCUGCAGGACACAUUCAUUGUUCAUACUAUUGAGGAAAUUCAGGGAUUGACAUCUGCACAUGAGCAGUUCAAGGCAACCUUACCGGAAGCCGACAAAGAGCGACAAGCAAUACUUGGGAUCCACAAUGAGGUUUCAAAGAUCGCACAGACUUACCACGUUAAUAUGUCUGGAACGAACCCCUAUACUGCGAUCUCACCUCAAGAAAUCAACAACAAGUGGGAUCAUGUCAGACAGCUGGUGCCUCGCAGAGACCAGGCUCUCAUGGAGGAACAUGCCCGACAACAGCAGAAUGAACGCCUGCGCAAACAAUUUGCCGCACAAGCCAACGUCAUUGGGCCGUGGAUUCAAACAAAGAUGCAGGAGAUUGGCCGCAUUGCCAUAGAAAUGCAUGGGACUCUGGAGGACCAAAUAAAUCAUUUGCGACAGUAUGAGAAAAGCAUUGUUAACUACAAACCAAAGAUUGAUCAGUUGGAGAGUGACCACCAGCAAAUACAAGAAGCACUUAUAUUUGAUAACAAGCACACUAAUUAUACAAUGGAGCACAUCCGCGUGGGCUGGGAACAGCUUCUGACCACCAUUGCUAGAACUAUCAAUGAGGUGGAAAAUCAGAUCCUUACAAGGGAUGCAAAAGGCAUUAGCCAGGAACAAAUGAAUGAAUUCAGGAACUCAUUCAAUCAUUUUGAUCGGGAGCACUCCGGCACGCUUGGCCCUGAGGAGUUUAAAGCCUGUCUCAUCAGCCUUGGUUACGAUAUUGGAAACGACCCACAGAAGAAGACUGGUAUGAUGGAUAGCGAUGAUUUCCGAGCCUGUCUUAUCUCCAUGGGUUACAAUAUGGGUGAAGCGGAAUUUACUCGUAUUAUGAGCAUCGUUGAUCCUAACAGACUUGGAGUGGUAACAUUUCAAGCAUUUAUUGACUUUAUGUCUCGUGAGACUGCAGACACGGACACGGCAGACCAGGUUAUGGCUUCUUUCAAGGUUCUGGCUGGGGAUAAGAAUUACAUAACUGCCGAUGAACUGCGUCGGGAGCUCCCACCUGAUCAAGCUGAAUAUUGCAUUGCUAGGAUGGCACCAUACAUAGGACAUGAUGCUGUGCCUGGAGCGCUAGACUACAUGUCUUUCUCUACAGCAUUGUAUGGAGAAAGUGACCUUUAACCCUUCAUAACUCCCCUCCGUGUCACUGCAGUGCUCAUUGUGCAUCUUUCUCUGUAUGCAAAAUGGUUUCAGCUUUUCACACUUUGUGUCUUUUUUCUUAGUUCACCAAUUGAUCACUUCUUGUGUUUUGGUUUAUUACCUUACACCCCCCCACCUUUACCCCAGUGCCGGAAACAGUUUCCUCUUGAGCGCUGGUAGGGUAAAUACCUGUUCAGAGUCUGUCCUAAAAAAAAAACCCCAACAGUUUACAAAUAAAUUUUUACUAAAGACGUUUAAAAUGCAUAUUUUAUUAUGGAAUAAAAUGUUAUGGAAUGUAUUUUUUUGCCAAAACAUACAUUUAAUAAAUCUUCCGUUGUGUCAGAUAUGAGAAAUGUAAUGUUCCAUCUCUCUAUUUUUAUUUUUAUUUUGCUUUUUGGUACCAUGUUUUCAAAAAACAAGAACUCUCUUUCGUAUAAAUUGCUUGCCCUGCUUUUUUCCCCCCUAUUCUCCAGAAAAGUGUCACUUUGGCAAUUUAAACCGUUACGUUCUUCUAGAAGUCCGAUUUACCUAUUGAGUUACAAGUGUACUCCUUUGGCACACUUUAAGAUCCAGAAAGAGAUCCGUUUAAAAAAAACAAAAACAAAAAAAAAAAUGUUUUGUUUUUCAAUAAAAUAAAAACCAGGUAAUUGCAGACUCCCCCCUCACCCAGUAUUUAAUUUAAAAUAAAGCAUUGCUUUGGCCUGCCCAUCAACUUAUUUUUAAUUUUGCUGAAAUGAUUGGGAAAUACAAUGCUUAAAUAAUAUGCUCUCAAUAUUGCUUGUCACAGACCUUUAUUAAAAUACUUUUUAAUUUUAA